ACCCAGCCUGCUGCUCUCCUUUACUGAACCUAAAUCUGAGGGUCCUGAUUGUAAGAGUGGAGCACAGAGUGAACGGCAGGCUCCAGAGAUGGCAUCAGUGAAGCAGGAAGACUGCAGUCAAACACUGGGACUGAAUGUCAACAUUAAAGAUGAAGUAAAGGAGGAAGAGAUUGAAACAUUUGUGUUUCAUGGGCCGCCUGGAGAACUCAAAGAAGAGACAGAAGAACACAAAGUCUUACUACUCAAAGGAGAAGGACCUGACUACGCUGAACUUAAGGUUGCAGUUGAAACGUCCAGAGAGCAACACCAUGAAGAAAGCAAAGCUAAGGGGUCACACCACUGCCCACACUGUGAGAAGAGUUUCCCAUUCCCAUCAUAUCUUGAAAGACACCUGCGGAAACAUACUGGAGAGAAGCCUUACUCCUGCUCUGUCUGUGGGAAGUGCUUCAGAACGUCAACUCAUUUAACCACUCACCAGGGAGUUCACACAGGGGAGAGACCUUACUCCUGCUCUGACUGUGGGAAAUGUUUCUCUCUUAUAAGUAACUUUAAACAACAUCAGCGAACACAUUCUGGAGAGAAGCCUUACUCCUGCUCUGAUUGUGGGGAGAGUUUCUCUCAACAUGGUAACAUGCGUCGUCACCAGAAAAGACAUUCGGGAGAGAAGCCUUACUCCUGCUCUGAUUGUGGGAAGAGUUUUAUUACAACAGCUGAAUUAAUCAGUCACCAGAGAGUGCACACAGGAGAGAAACCUUUCCACUGUUCUGUCUGUGGGCAGAAUUACUUUAGCCUGAGUAACUUAAUACGCCACCAGAGAAUACAUACCUAGGACAGAAGCCAUAUUCAUGCUUGACUGUAUGAAGUGCUUCAAAACAUAAUCUGAACUAGAGGUCUUUACGAAUCCACCUGUACCCGAAUACCCGACAACCGAUCCGGGACAUGAGCGGAUCUGGAUCCAGAAUUCUAAAUAAUGUUACAGGUCUGGGUCGGAUCUGAUUUGAUUGUCAUGGGUCUCGGGUAUGUGUAAUUUAACUGACUUGUCCGGAAGGGCCCGUACAGAUCCGAACUCAACUGCUGCAGUAGAGAGAGAGACAUGUUAUGAUUUAUGUUGCUGCUCCUUUUCACGAGAGUGGAGCGUGCAGCUUUUUGUUGGCCAAUCAUAAGUCAUCAAAGCGGCAAUAGGAUGCAGUCAUACAGCCUCCAUGUGUGGCAAAAGGCAGAAGAUAUCUAAUGAAUGGAAGAUAAACUUUUAUUUACAUUAUUUUAAUUCUAACUAUAGGCAACAACGACCAGGAGCCAACAGGUAGGCUGCUACUUCAUUCAGAAUAUGAAGGUGUUAUUUGUAACUGUAGGAUGAGAAAACGCAUGUACUUCAGCCUCAUGUGGGGCGGCAGGUAUCCUAGUGGUUAGAGCGUUGGGCCAGUAACCCGAAAGGUUGCUAGAUCGA